UACGUCACCGGAAACGGAAGAAAAUGAAUGAAACAACCGUUGAUAUGUAACCUGUAACAGCCGAGCAACUCCUCCAUGCACCUGGUACGAGAUGCCCAACAUUUGCCAUAAAAUGGGACGGUCUGGCCUCUCCCUCCUCCGCUACAUCUCCUCCUUUUGCGCCACCAGGACAUGCUGCCUCCACCAAGGGAUCUUCACAGGUUCCCACCCCUGCUACCAGAGCAUCAUUCCUGGACACAGCUGCCAGCACAGUAGGGGUAUUAGCACAGCCCUCAGCCAGCACAUACGGGACCUGAGUGGCCCUGAGCAGAGACUGUUGACAAAACUGUACGAAGGGCUGAUCGGGGGACAGCGUGCGUCUCUGGCUGAAUCCAUCACCCUGGUGGAGACACAGCAUCCCAGGAAGAAAGAGCUGGCCCAGGUACUGCUGCAGAAGGUGCUGGCCUACAGGAUGGAGCAGGAGAGUUGCAAUGGAGGGAAGCCCGUGGCCUUCAGAGUAGGUCUGUCUGGUCCUCCUGGAGCAGGGAAGUCGUCUUUCAUCGAGGUGGUGGGGAAGAUGUUGACAGGACGUGGACAUAAAGUGUCAGUGCUGGCUGUCGACCCAUCCUCCUGCACUACAGGAGGGUCUCUGAUGGGUGAUAAGACUCGUAUGACUGAACUCUCCCGGGACAUGAACGCUUUCAUCAGACCAUCACCGACCUCUGGAACACUUGGUGGAGUCACCAGAACAACCAAUGAGGCCAUUGUUCUCUGUGAGGGGGCGGGAUACGACAUCGUCCUUGUAGAGACCGUAGGUGUGGGCCAGUCAGAAUUUGCAGUGGCUGACAUGGUUGACAUGUUUGUGCUGCUGAUUCCACCAGCAGGUGGCGAUGAACUCCAGGGUAUCAAGAGGGGCAUCAUCGAGAGGGCCGACUUGGUGGUGGUGACAAAGUCUGAUGGAGACCUGGUGGUGCCGGCUAGGAGAAUCCAGACUGAAUACACCAGCGCACUCAAGCUGCUCAGGAGACAGUCUAAGACCUGGAACCCCAAGGUGGUGCGCGCCUCCUCUCACACCGGUGAGGGCAUCCCAGAGGUCUGGGCAAAGAUGGAGUCAUACCGAGAGGCCAUGUUAGCCAGCGGUGAACUUCAGGGCCGACGGAGGGCCCAGCAGAAGGUUUGGAUGUGGAGUCUGAUCCAGGAGAACGUCCUCUGCCAUUUCCAAAAUCACCCCAGUGUCAGAGAGGCUUUACCCCACCUUGAGGAAAGGGUCACCAGAGGGUCUAUCUCUCCAGGCCUGGCUGCUGACCUGCUUCUGAAAGCCUUCUCGUCAUCAUCUUCGUAGUAAACAGUGGUGUUCAUCAGGGCCACUCAGUGCCAAUAUGUGACCUUGACUCUGUGGUUUGCACAAAGAGAGGCAGCCUUUGACAGAAACUCACUUGCUUUAAUCCAUAUCAGGAGAGGCCUGACUGAGCAGACAGUUGUCAUAGCUCACCUUCGGCUUCACCACACACUCACGUGGAGGGAAACAUUAAAAAUUGCAUGUGUGAGAGACAGUCUUGAAGAGUUCUGGCAACUAUGAAAUGUUUUGCUUCCACCAUCAGUUUUUUUUUUCAGAUGUAAAGGGGACACUGGGACUGUCCUCUUGGAAAGAGAACACUACAGCCUUCAUGAAUAGUUUUGAUGAAAUUAGUACAAAACAUAUGGAGGACAUGUUGUUAGACUUGGUAAACACUUUACACUUUACACAAUACUCAUUUUUAUGAGCUGUGUCUUCAGGAGGAGAAGCUAUGACCUGUUCAGGCCAUAAAUACUGACAUGACACAUACUUUAAUGAGUCUAUGAUCUGUGAUUGUCACUCUUGCCCACAGAUUGCUCAUGGAUACACACUUUUUAUAGCCCAAGAAGAGAAGUGAGAGGAUAAGGUUUAGAGCAGUGGGAUUUAUACACUCACUUGUUUCUCUUGUUGAACUACCGUGGACACUGCUGUAAUAACAGACACAAAUUCUCUUGGACAAUUGCGCUUUCAAGAUGUUUUUUAUUCCCUAUUAUAUUUUCUGAGUUGAAUCAUAUUAAAAGACUGAUGUGAAUCUUAAAAGGAUAAGUGAAUAACAUUAAAUCUGUCAGUACAGUUGGCUGAACUAUCUC